AUGGUGUCUCGUAGUGGCUACGCCGAAAACGCUAUCUCCGGUGUCGACAGCCGUAAACACCAAGAGCUGUGCUGUAAACACUUCAGUAAGAUUGCCACAUACACCACAGAUAUUACGAGAUGGCUCUCAAGUACCGGCAACGAAAGCCCGAGUGUCGCGGACCUCAAGAAGAUUCUCGACGCCGUUGGGUCCGAAGUUGACGAUGACUGCCUGGAAGGUCUCGUCGCGUCCAUGAGCGGCAAGACCGUCCACGAGACGAUCGCAGCCGGCAUGGAGAAGCUCCAGAGCGUACCUACUGGUGGCGUUGCUGCUGCACCUGCCGGAGGAGCUGCCGCUCCCGCUGGUGACGCGCCCGCCGAGUCCAAGAAGGCUGAGCCUGAGCCCGAAGAGGAGGAGGAUGACAUGGGUUUCUCACUAUUCGACUGA